UUGAAAAUCAUCCAAGAGGUAAUCUCCCCAGCGGUGAUGUUUGUGGCGUAGGCCCAGGCUGUGUCUCAUCUCCCAUGGCUGUUACCACCAUGGACCCAGAGUCAGCCCGCACAUCACAGCCCCAUGGCUCCCUGGUUAAAGGAGGGGGCUCCCUGCUAUCUGGCAGGGAUUUGGGGGCAGCUCUCACCUCUCGAGGAAAGCACUAUGCGUGUGGUUCCAUAGCUGCCUUCACCAACAUCAUGGUGACCUUCCCCAUCCAGAAAGUUCUGUUCAGGCAGCAGCUGCACGGUGUACGGGCCAGAGAGGCCGUCAAACAGCUCCAACGGGACGGGAUGAGGAACCUCUACAGGGGGCUGCUCCCUCCUCUCCUCCAGAAGACCACCACGGUAGCAAUCAUGUUCGGCCUGUACGAGGACUUCUCCGAUGUCUUACUGGACCAGGUGUCCACAGGCAGCGGCAUUCCCGAGCUAGUGACGCGGAGCUUCGCAGCUGCGCUGGCGGGCACGGCAGAGGCUGCCCUGAUGCCGUUUGAGCGGGUGCAGACUCUCCUCCAGGACCACCGGCACCACGGCCGCUUCCACAACACGGCCCACACCUUCCGGACGCUCCUAAGCGAGUACGGUGUGAAGGAGUGCUACCGCGGCCUGGUGCCGGUCUUAAUAAGAAACGGGCCCAGUAACAUGCUGUUCUUCGGGCUCCGCGGGCCCAUCAAGGAGCAGCUCCCUGAGGCCUCCAGCCGGGCUGGCCACCUGGUCAAUGACUUUGUGUGUGGAGGGGUGCUGGGGGCGGCACUGGGGAUCAUGUUCUACCCACUGAAUGUGGUCAAGUCGCGGGCCCAGUCCCAGGUUGGGGGCGCAUUCCGGCCUUGUGGGGAGGUGUUAAUGACGGUGUGGCGGGAGAGGGGCGGCAGCGUGGCCAUGCUGUUCAGAGGGGCACACCUCAACUACCACCGCUCCCUUCUCUCCUGGGGCAUCAUCAACGCCACAUACGAGCUGCUGCUCAAAAUGUUCUGAUACUGAAGGGGGGAUAGAAAGAGGGGGAGGUGUAGAAAGAGAGAGGGGGGAAAAAAAAAAUGACUUGGGAAAGUGUUGUUUGAGGGCAAGGGUGAUCGCAAUUGAUGCCGUCUCUUGUGUUUGGCACUUGAAACUGAUGUGCCCACUGCCCACCCAAACAGGUCCAGAUAGUUUGUGGGGGUAAGUGUCAACGGCAAGCAGAAGAGGACAUCUGAAAGGUGAACUUUCACUACUGAUAAGGGCCAUCGGGUCAGUGUGAGAUGAAUUGCCAGUCUUGUUUAAAGUCCCAGUAUCAUAGACAAGGCCUGCGUUUGGGUC